AAUCAUGGGGGGCUUCUCGUCUUGCGAACAGACAGACAUGUUAAUUCCUUUGAGCCCAACAGAACACAGACAAGACGGUUCAGAAAAGAGCUGUAUGUCUGUAGUAAUUGGUGAAUUUAAAUGCAUAGCCAACAUAGCUUUCCCGAUGGUGCUAACAGGUCUUCUGCUCUACUCUCGAUCCAUGAUUUCCAUGUUGUUUCUGGGCCGUCUAGGGGACCUGGCUUUAGCCGGUGGAUCGCUUGCUAUUGGAUUUGCAAACAUCACUGGUUACUCUGUUCUCUCUGGCCUUGCCAUGGGGAUGGAACCCAUCUGUGGCCAAGCUUUUGGUGCUAAAAGAUACAAAAUUCUUGGCUUCACCAUGCAGAAAAUGAUACUUUUGCUUCUAUUGACUUCAAUCGUCAUCGCUUCUUUGUGGUUCAACAUGAAAAAUGUACUUCUCUUUUGCGGCCAAGAUGAGAAUAUCGCCAACGAAGCUCAAGCCUACAUUCUUUAUUCUCUUCCAGACCUUGUAGCACAAUCCAUUCUACAUCCUUUACGUACAUAUUUAAGGACUCAGUCUAUAACUCUUCCUCUCACAUACUGUUCAACUCUGGCAAUUCUUCUCCACAUUCCCAUCAACUACCUUCUUGUCUCUGUGCUUGACCUUGGCAUCAAAGGUGUUGCCUUAGGCUCCGUUUUGACCAACAUAAAUCUCGUGGGUUCAUUGAUCGUUUACAUGAAAAUCUCUGGUGUAUACAAGAAAACAUGGGGUGGGAUUUCCUCAGAGUGCUUGAAAGGGUGGAAAUAUUUAUUGAAUUUAUCCAUUCCGAGUUGCAUUUCGGUUUGCCUUGAAUGGUGGUGGUAUGAAAUCAUGAUUUUGUUAUGUGGGUUGCUGUUGAAUCCACAAGCAACGGUUGCUUCGAUGGGCAUUUUGAUUCAAACAACGGCAUUGAUCUACAUUUUCCCAUCGUCAUUAAGCUUUGGGGUGUCGACUAGAGUUGGAAAUGAACUUGGAGCUAACAAUCCAAACAAGGCAAAACUGGCCGCGAUCGUCGGCCUCUCGUCGAGCUCGGUGCUGGGGCUUUCGGCGUUGGUUUUCGCAAUCUCGGUAAGAAAGCAAUGGGCAACCAUGUUCACACAAGACCCCGAAAUCAUUGCCUUAACAUCCAUGAUAUUGCCUAUACUUGGACUGUGCGAACUCGGGAACUGCCCACAAACAGCAGGGUGUGGGGUUCUAAGGGGAACAGCGAGACCAAAAUUGGGAGCAAACAUAAACCUGGGGUGUUUUUACCUUGUAGGGAUGCCGGUUGCGGUGUGGUUGAGUUUCUUUGCGGGGUUUGAUUUCAAAGGUCUUUGGGUGGGUCUUUUAGCCGCCCAAGCCUCGUGUGUGGUGGCCAUGUUCUUCACCGUGACUCUUACCGAUUGGGACUAUGAAGCCUGGAGAGCGCAGCAGCUCACCACAGCCGUCCCAUUUGAUACCAACCAGGAUGGAACUUUGAAAGUUGACUCUUCUCCCUCUAAAGAAUCUUUGGGGUUAUUACAUGACGUAAACAAAAAUGACUUACCUGUCUAAUUUGGAACACCGUGAGUUGAUUUUUCUAUUUAUUUUUUUAUAAUGUGAAUUUGAUCAGAAUAGAAUUUUUUUUGUUUUACGCAUCGGUUGGUUUGUCGUUUCGGAAUGGAAAAACAGAGGAACAGAACAUAGAUUUUGUUGACCAAAC